AAAACCAAGUUUGUUUCGUCAAAAAUACAGAAAGAAAAUAAACAGGAACUAAAUCGUCGUAAUUAAUAUUAAAUACCACUGUUAUUACUAUUAUCUUCAAGUCCUCAAUGAGGUCAAACAAAUUAACUAAGUUUCUCUCUUAAAAUUCACCAAUGGCUGCGAUACUCGGCGGCGGCCUUAGUGGUUUAUCCACGGCAUAUUAUUUGCUCAAAAACAACUUGAAAAGCAACAGCAACCUCAAAUUGUUUCUACUCGAAGCGACCGGCUACUGCGGAGGAUGGAUCAAGUCUAUUAAAACCAAAGACUACACAUUUGAACUGGGGCCCAGAACCAUCCGGCCGCGAGGUAUGACCGGCCUGAACACCUUGAACAUGAUGCAGGACCUGGGGCUGAGCGAGCACAUCGUGCCCAUCAUGCCCAACCACCCUGCAGCCAAGAACAGGAUGAUCUAUGUCAACAACCACCUCCACACUCUCCCUUCUAGUUUCAAAGGUGUGUUCCAGAAAAAUCAACCCUUUUCCAAACCUUUGAUUUACGCCCUGUUCAAUGACAUAAAGCAACCUAACAAAUUGUUGGAGGAUGAUUCCAUUUACAACUUUGUUGAGAGGAGAUUUGGCAAGGAAAUUGCAGACUAUGCUAUAUCUCCUAUGAUUUGCGGAAUAUGUGCUGGUGAUGCCAAAGAAAUAUCAGUGAAAUUUCUUAUGAAAACACUAUUUGAGUGGGAGCAAGUCCACGGUGGAGUUGUCAAAGGACUGAUGAAAUCUAUGUUCAAAUCCAGCACAGACCAAGAAUUAGAGCUAAGUGAUUUAGCAAAAAAGGCACAGGAAGAGAAGUGGAAUGUGUACACAGUAAGAGGGGGCUUGGAGACCUUCCCCAAUACUUUGCUCAGGCAUCUCAAAGAAAACAAUGUUGAUGUGAGAAUGGAUAACAAAAUUGAUGAAAUUGAGUUCAUUGACUCCAGCACAGUGAAGCUGAUAAACAAAGCUGGAGGUAAAAUAAUAGCUUCUCACAUCUAUUCCUCUAUCCCAGCAUAUUCUCUGGCUAAGCUCGUUGAAAAGCAACACCCAGUUUUGGCCAAAGACCUAAACAGCAUUCCGUUUGUCACUGUUGGUAUUGUCAACCUAUAUUUUUCCACAAAAGCAUCACUCAUUGAACCGGCCUUUGGCUUCUUAGUCCCUCCCAUUGAGAAUUCUCCAAUUCUGGGAGUUGUCUUUGACUCCUGCUGUAUUCCAGACCAAAAUGGCACAGUUCUGACUGUGAUGCUGGGAGGCAAGUGGUUUAAAGAGAAGUUUGGAGACAAUGUUACUGAGAAAGAGCUACUAGACAUUGCACUAAAAGAAAUAAAGUCAAUUUUACACAUCACUGAUGUUCCAGCUGCCCAGAAUGUUAACAUUUUGGACAAAUGUAUCCCACAGUAUGUGAUUGGACAUUAUGAGAGAGUGGACAAGAUCCGUCAAUAUAUUAAGGACAACAAUCUUCCUAUUUCUGUAGUUGGUUGUAGCUAUGAUGGAGUUGGUAUAAAUGAUGUUAUUUAUUCAGCUAAGACACAAGUUAUUAAAGAUUGUACAUAGAGAUUAUAUAUUUUAUCGCAGAUCUGGUUAUGGUUAAUAUUAUACAGAAGCAUUUGAUUAAAGUUAUUGUGCCAUGUCUUCCAAUCAAAGUUACAAAGUAUUAUUGUACCUGCAAAUGAAAUAAUUAUGUACAAGUGAAAAGGAGUCAUUGCCAUGUUUUAAUUGUAAAUACAUGAGUAAUUUUAAAUAACUUUUAUUACUGUUACAUGGGUUUUGUUUAUUUUAAUUUUGUUUAUGUAAGGUGUGAUGAAAACUAAACGGGGUUGUGUUUUACCUUUAUUUAAAAUUUUUGUUUUUUAGGAUUGACUGCAAGCAAUAGGGUUGAGUAUCUGAUAUUUUAAAUACAUUUUUAUUGUACAUUUCUUUGUUUUAUUUCUUUUUUUGACAACCAGCAGCAUCAAUAACAUAUUAUUUAUUUUGUUUAAUCCUUCUGUAUAAUGUCUAAGAUCCCAGCCAAGUUUUAUGCGAAAUACAAAUUAGGUACUGCCAGUUCCUGACUUACUGUAAAGGUCAAUCAAACACGUGAAGUAAGCUGAAAAUAUAUUUAGCUAAUAUUCAACAGCUGAUAAAUACUUGUUGCAUUGCAAUAUAAAUGUGCAAAAGUUAUAAUCUGUUAACGUGUUCACUGCGCUGCAGUGAAACUGGCGACUUCAUUACAAACUUAACCUAAAUUAAUACUUAACACUAAUAAUUAAAUAAACUAUAAUGUAUAAAAAAAAUAAAUUAAACUAACCUCGAAUUUUAAGUUUUUUCAUGCAACAAGUCCAAUUAGGCACAUAUUUUGUAUUGUUCACCCUUAGAUUAAUCUAAGUGUUCACCCUAUAUAUAGCUGCUAUAUUUGAAAAUUGAGUAGAAUAAGAAUAUAUUUUAACAGUGAUAUAAUAUGAUAAAUAUGUUCGAGACUAGCUGACUAUUUAUUUCUG